GGAGGCCAAGGAAUUCGGGGAACUUCGCCGCCUGAAUGGGGCCUGGCAGGGAGAGAUCGUCAGCGCGAACCACAGUUUGCUCUUGAAGGUGCACAUCCAGGGGGGGAAGCACUUCUACGUCCCCGUGCGCGCGCGGGAGCCCACGAUUAUCGCUUUGACGUCUUUGCUGCCUGAGCGCGUCUUGGCCACGACGUGGAAACUCCGAUCGGUCCUAUGGCAGCAGAGGGAAUUCCCAGGCGCGCAGAUGAAGGGGCUGCGGUUUUUCCCAGAUGCGGAUUUCCAGGACAUCCUCAAGGUAGCAGCCAAGCACGCUUUUUGGAAUCUCGGCGUGACGAUUUGCCAGAAGCUGGGGGAGGCGCGGCGCAUCAGAUUCCCUCCCAAGGCGACGUUGUUCGACGCGCUCUUCACGCUGAUCAAGAGCAUUCUCGAGUGCACAGACGAGGAGACGCUGAACAUAGUGCAUUUGCGCCCGGCGGCUUUCCAGUGCGUGAGAGUGCACUCCCAGCUGUUGCUGAUGGUUGACGAGGCCUUGGAACUCCUGGACUCCAGCGACGCCAAGAAGGUGAAGGCCGAGAAGAAGGACAUCCAGAUCGAGUUGGAGGAACGGCAUGAGUUCAGGGACGCGUACCACAAAAAGAAAGCCGAGGUGACCCCCCCCAAGCCGCCCGCCGCCCCUACGGGGGCGGGCAAGGGCAAGGGCAAGGGGAAGGGCAAGGGCGGAGGCCCCCCGCCCCCGCCCGUGCCCGAUGUGAUGUCGCACGCGGAGGCCUCUGCCUUCAAGCCUCCGGGGAGCUACAUUUGGAGAGGCUUCUCGAGCGGCUGCUGGGCAAGCCACCUGGCGCCCUACAGCCGCGUCUCUGCGUCAUGGAACCUGUGCACCCACUCCGAUGCCUUGAAGAUCGUGCUCGGCACCCUCUGGCGGCAGUGGCUGGAGCGCGAGGGAGUUCCAGACGAGGCGUGCCCCUGGCCGGCAUUGCUGGCGAUGGCGAGGCGCGAUUAG